AUGUCAAAAAAAGGACGCAGCAAGGCUGAAAAGCCGGAGGCACUGAUCAUGUCCUUACAAGCUGCCAAUGAAGAUCUCAGGACCAAGCUAACAGACAUUCAAAUUGAGCUCCAUCAGGAGAAGUCCAAGGUGAGUAGACUUGAAAGGGAGAAAACCCAAGAAACGAAGCGGAUUCGGGAGCUGGAGCAGCGCAAGCAGACAGUCCAGAUCACUGAACUGAAAGCAAAGCUGCAUGAGGAGAAGAUGAAGGAGCUCCAGGCUGUGCGGGAAAACCUCAUCAAACAGCACGAGCAAGAAAUGGCCAGGACAAUGAAAAUUAGGGACAGUGAGAUCCAGAGGCUCAAGUCAGCACUGUAUGCAUUGCGGGAAGGGAGCAGUGACAAAGUACGGACAGCCCUGACUAUUGAGGCUCGCGAAGAGGCCAGGAGACAAUUUGACUCUGAGCGCCUUAAGCUUUUGCAGGAGAUCACUGAGCUAAAGUCUGCCAAGAAACAAGUGGAUGAGGCCCUUAACAACAUGAUCCAGGCGGAUAAGAUCAAAGCUGGGGAUCUGCGAAGUGAGCACCAGUCCCACCAAGAAGCAAUAUCGAAGAUCAAGUGGGAGAGUGAAAGGGAUAUUCGCAGGCUGAUGGACGAGAUCAAAGCGAAAGACAGAACCAUCUUUUCCUUGGAGAAAGAACUGGAGACCCUGACUGGAUAUGUCCAGAAGCUUCAGCUGCAGAAGGAGGCUUUAGACGAACAGCUCUUCUUAGUGAAGGAGGCAGAAUGUAACAUGAGCAGUCCCAAAAGAGAGAUCCCGGGCAGAGCAGGAGAUGGCUCCGAGCACUGCAGCAGUCCUGACUUGCGCAGAAACCAGAAGAGAAUGGCAGAGCUGAAUGCCACUAUACGGAAGCUGGAAGACAGGAACACACUCCUCGUAGACGAGCGGAAUGAACUGUUGAAACGUGUCCGGGAAGCAGAGAAACAAUGCAAGCCUCUCCUGGAAAGAAAUAAGUGCCUCUCCAAGAGAAAUGAUGAACUUAUGCAGUCAUUGCAGCGCAUGGAGGAGAAACUCAAAGCAAUCGCUAAGGAAAAUUUAGAAAUGAAAGAAAAAAUGACGUCUCAUCCUCCUCUGAAAAAAUUGAAAUCUCUCAAUGACCUGGACCAAGCUAAUGAAGAGCAAGAAACGGAAUUCUUGAAGCUCCAGGUUAUAGAACAACAGAACAUUAUUGAUGAGCUGACCCGGGACAGGGAGAAGCUUAUUCGGCGGAGGAAGCAUAAAAGAAGUUCAAAGCUAAUUAAGAGGCAUGUACUGGACACAGUUUAUGGGGGGGAUGAUGAUUCCAUGGACUCUGAAACCUCAUCGAUGGCUUCAUUCAGGACAGACAGAACACCAGCAACCCCAGAUGAAGACUUGGAUGAAAGCUUAGCUGCUGAAGAAUCGGAGUUGCGAUUUCGGCAGUUAACAAAGGAGUAUCAGGCCCUGCAGAGAGCUUAUGCAUUACUGCAAGAGCAAACAGGGGGUAUCAUAGAUGCAGAACGAGAAGCCAAGGCGCAGGAGCAACUCCAAGCUGAAGUUCAGAGAUACAGAGCUAAAAUAGAAGAUCUGGAAAAAACACUGGCCCAGAAAGGACAGGACUCCCACUGGGUAGAAGAUAAACAACUUUUUAUUAAGAGGAAUCAGGAGCUUUUGGAUAAGAUAGAAAAGCUGGAAAUAGAAAACAAUCGAUUGCAACAAGAGCUGCAGGAUGCUAGAGAUCAGAAUGAGCUGUUGGAAUUCCGAAAUCUAGAACUUGAAGAAAGAGAAAGGAGGUCUCCACCUUUUAAUCUGCAAAUCCACCCAUUCUCUGAUGGUGUGAGUGCUCUACAGAUCUACUGCAUGAAAGAAGGUGUCAAGGAUGUAAGCAUUCCAGAUCUCAUAAAGCAGUUGGACAUCUUGGGUGACAAUGGGAAUUUAAGAAAUGAAGAGCAAGUGGCUAUAAUUCAAGCUAGUACUGUAUUAUCCCUGGCAGAAAAGUGGAUACAGCAGAUUGAAGGAGCCGAAGCAGCUCUGCACCAGAAGAUGAUGGAACUAGAGAGCGACAUGGAGCAGUUCUGUAAAAUAAAAGGUUAUCUAGAGGAAGAACUGGACUUCAGGAAACAAGCACUUGACCAAGCGUAUAUGAGAAUCCAGGAGCUUGAAGCCACCUUAUACAAUGCUUUGCAGCAGGAAACAGUAAUAAAGUUUGGAGAAUUGCUUAGUGAGAAACAGCAGGAAGAACUUAGGACUGCUGUAGAAAAAUUAAGAAGACAGAUGCUGAGAAAAAGUCGAGAAUAUGAUUGUCAGAUCCUGCAGGAGAGAAUGGAAUUGCUUCAGCAGGCACAUCAGAGGAUCCGAGAUUUAGAAGAUAAAACUGACAUCCAGAAGAGACAGAUCAAGGAUUUAGAAGAAAAGGUUAGAGUCUCCUUUUACCUUGAUUUUUUUCCCCUCUUGUUUUCUAGAGUGAUUGACUACGCAGUAAAGUCCUCAUAA